AUGGCUCACAACCAUGGCGGAGGCGCAACGCCCACGGGGGAUGGCGUGCCCUCGUACUUUGAGAUGCAGCGGAUGUACUGGGCCGUUGUUGGCACGGCCAUCGGCAUCGCAACGGCUUGCAACAUCCUCAACAAGAUAGUUGCCGUUCAGAGGUUCACGGAUACAUCGAGGACGCCUGCCAAGCCCAAGUCGCUCUUCUUCAACAUAUAUGCGACGCUGACGGCCCUGACGAGAGAAUACUCGUCCGCAUGUAUUAGGUCGCUGAAGAUUGGCAGAUGGGAGUUACAGCCAUCGCCGCUAGGUAGAGUCAGCAUCGCCCUGGCCAACUUCAUCGCCGUCAUGGUCUUUUGCUUCUACAAGCUCAACACGAUGGACCAGUGGUCGUGGGAGACGGUCGGGUACCGUACGGGUUUCAUGACCGUCGCCCAACUGCCGCUUAUCUUGCUGCUGGCCGGCAAGAGGAACAUUAUCGGCUUCCUGGCAGGCUCCAGCCACGAACGACUCAACUGGCUACACAGAUGGACGGCCAGGACGCUCUGGAUGUCAGCCACGAUACAUAUGGGAUUCUGGUUCCGAAGCUGGGGUCGGUUUAACUACAUUGCAACCAAGAUCAGGACGGACCCCCUGACGCAGAGAGGGAUAGCCGCCUGGUCGAUACUCACCUUCAUUCUCUUCGCCUCCCUCUCGCCAGUGAGACGGUGGAGCUACGAGCUCUUCUUCCUCUCGCAUGUAGUCACCUUUGCUGGCUUCAUCGCCGCCGCCUGGCUGCAUGCUGAGGACGAGGUCAAGAUGUGGGUUUGGGUCUCCAUCGCGCUCGUCGUGUUUGAUCGAGUGGCCAGGUGUGUGAUGAUGGCCUGGACAAACGUUGCCGUCUGGACCAGAUCAACUUCAACUCUCUGGGCAAACUAUGCAACCUUCACCCCUUUGGCUGGAGACGUCACCAGGGUCACCAUCCGUAGCCCAGCCAUCUCGUGGCAGCCCGGCCAACAUGUCUUCCUUUCCAUUCCGACCCUUCUCCCUUUCCAGAGUCACCCCUUCACCAUCGCCUCUCUCCCGUCAGACAACAAGAUCGAAUUCCUCAUCCGUGCCGAAGCAGGCGGGACCAGGACCAUUCAUAACCACGCAGUAAAGCAUGCCAAUGCCAUCCGCACAGACUCGACUCGUCUAGUCGCCCUGGAUGGACCAUACGGCAUCAUUAGACCGCUCCGUCAAUUCGACAGUGUUGUCUUCUUCGCAGGCAGCAUGGGCGCAACUUUCACUGUCCCUCUACUACGUGACAUUGUCGAAGGGUGGAAAGCAGAAAGCCUCGCUGGCUCUGUUCCCAUCACCAAACAUGUCCGGUUCAUCUGGGCCAUACGCUCUCGCUCCCAUCUCUCAUGGUUUCAGACAGAGCUGGAAUCUCUCAUGCAGGUCGUAGAAAAUUGUGGGGCGGCUAUAUCAAAGGUCCAGCCAACACUUGAAAUCAGCAUCCACCUCACUUCAGAUCCACAUCUGACUGCUGCCGGCCCGUCAUGUCAUGCUUCAGACUCAACUCAGCCGAACACACCUUUAGCAUCCUCAGAGAAGCGAAUGUCUCUUGACUCUCCCGCGUGUCUCACGUCAGGUAGACCGAAUAUCGACAAUAUCAUCCUCUCAAUGCUCGAGCGGGCAGAGGGUGAGAGUGCUGUUGUCGUAUGCGGGCCAAGAGGCCUAAGUACAGAUGUAAGGCGCAAUGUUGUCUCCUUGUCUGACGAAAGAGCGGUGCACAAGGGCACAGGGGCCCAGGGGAUCUAUCUGCAUGUUGAAGAGUUCGGGUUCUAA